GCAGACCAUCUGGGGGCGGGGCAAGGGUGCACGCGCGGUUGAGUACAAUCACUCGGGAGUGGGGCACGGCUACACAGUGGGCGGGGAAGACACGCUCGGGGGCGGGGCCGGUAUGCAACGUGGGUGGGGUAUAUCAUUCAGGGAAGCGUGGCUUGACGCCCGGUGGUUGGAGGUCUCCCAGUGGGCGGUGUCGAAAGGUCAGGGUUCAGGGGGGCCGGCUCAUAGCACUAAGCCACUCCCCCACCCUGGCAACGGCCGCCAUUUAUGUCCAGGCCCUGUCUCUGUAGGCUUGUGCCGACUCUUCGCUGGUGGUGUUCAUUUUCGCCGCCCACCCCACCGGGCACGAUGAGGGCGCUGUUGGCCUGCCGCUCACUGCCGGCCUGGUUGAGUGGGUGCACGUUCCGUGUCUGUGGACGGCAGCCGGGCGGACGGUGCAGUAGUAGCUGGCACAAGCCGAAGGGUCACCCCGCCGGUGUGCAGGUCUACAACAGUCUGACGCGGAACAAGGAGCCUCUGGUGCUCGCGGAGCCGGUCACUGCUUCCUGCUCCUACGUUCGAUUUGACAUCCUUAGAAGAAUAUUGACCAAGAUCUUUGGCAUCGAUGUGAUUAUGGUGAUGGUUAUCACAGACAUUGACGACAAAAUAAUUAAAAGGGCCAAUGAGUUGAAUAUUUCAUCCACUGUACUUUCGCGCAUCUAUGAAGAGGAUUUCAAACAAGAUAUGGCGUGUUUAAAGGUUCUUCCACCCACUAUUUACAUGCGCGUGACUGAUAACAUUCCCAAGAUUGUGGCAUUUAUAGAAAGAAUUAUUCACAACGGCCAUGCCUAUUCAACCUCCACAG